UCUAAUAAAGGUCACAUAGAAACUCAAAACCUCCAUCAUGGAAUGGGAAAGUCUCUCACAAACCCAAAAAAAAAACAUCAAAAAACAAGAAAAAACACAAACAAUGUCAGAGCUUUGUAACUCAAAAAUCUCUUAUUAUUUCCCAUCUUAGAUCUCAUCUGACCACAAUUUGAAGAUCUUCUGUCAAAAAACUCCAAACCCUUUUCUUAUCCAGUGCUCCCUCUGAUCACUCUGAUCAUCUGAUCACAGACCAACCUCUGCAAUUUCCAAAUCUGUAUGUUCUUUUACAGCUAAGUUUGCUCCUCAAAAAUGGCACAUAUCGAAAAACCAGAAGUAUUUAACCCUAAUUCAAGAUACACAGAACCAGCAGGCCUCCAUAUUCUCUGAACAAACAUUUAAACUAUUUGCCUUCUGGUCCGAAGACACAUUUGUGACUUGACUUUACCUCCCCAUACCCCUUUGGCAUUUUUCUUAAACUUCUGUUCAUAUUAAUGGUGUCUGGUUUUGAAGGGUGUAAGAAUGUUGAGAACGGGGUUUCGGGUUUGAAACAUAAACAGAAGCUGGGGUUCAGCCUAAUUCUUGCUCUCGUUGCUCUUGAUCUCGAUUUGAUCAAUUUUCUGAUUGCCGGCUCGUUUGGAUGAUGAUAUGAUACAAAAGUUUUGUUGUGUGUUAUAAAGUUGUUGCUUGGAAAAAUGGUUGUGUCAUGUUGGAGGCCUUCUGCAGUGGAUGAUGGACCUAGCCGUGGUGGGGAAGCCAGCGGCCGGGUUGAUGGGUUGUUAUGGUACAAGGACUUUGGGCAGCAUGCUUGGGGAGAAUUCUCAAUGGCUGCCAUUCAGGCCAAUUCUGUUAUCGAGGAUCAAAGCCAGCUCGAAUCCGGUCCUCUGUGUACAACGGAAGCCGGUCCUCUGGGGACUUUUGUUGGAGUUUAUGAUGGACACGGAGGGCCUGAGGCUUCAAGAUACGUCAAUGAAAAUCUCUUCUGCAAUCUAAAAAGAAUUGCAGCUGAGCAUCGAUGCAUGUCGGAAAACGUGAUCAAGAAGGCGUACUUGGCGACGGAAGAGAGUUUUCUCUCCGUGGUGAAGAAGCAGUGGCAAAGCAAGCCACAAAUUGCAUCUGCAGGAACAUGUUGUUUGGUGGGGAUAAUAUGCAAUGGACUGCUUUACACAGCAAAUGUUGGGGACUCUAGGGUGGUUCUAGGAAAAUUAGAAAGGGCAACUAAAGAAGUCAUGGCUAUUCAGUUAUCUGCAGAGCACAAUGCAAGCAUAGAAUCCGUGAGAGAGGAACUCAAGUCGUUGCAUCCACACGAUUCAAAGAUUGUCGUUUUAAGGCACCGAGUUUGGCGCGUUAAAGGCCUCAUUCAGGUUUCGAGAUCAAUUGGUGACGCGUACUUGAAGAAUGCAGAGUUCAACAGAGAGCCUCUACCCCUAAAAUAUAGGCUACCUGAACCGUUCCUCAAGCCAAUUCUAAUCCCGGAACCAGAAGUAUCGGUAAUUAAACUCCAACCGGAAGAUCAGUUUCUCAUAUUCGCUUCUGAUGGUCUGUGGGAGCAUCUUAGCAACCAGGAGGCCGUCGACAUUGUCAACGAUUACCCCCGAAAGGGAAUAGCAAGAAAGCUGAUUGAAGCUGCACUACAAGAAGCAGCUAAGAAAAGGGAAGUGAGGUACGCAGAUUUGAGGAAAAUCGAGCGCGGAGUAAGGCGACAUUUUCACGACGACAUCACGGUGGUGGUGGUGUUUCUGAAUCAAAGCCUGUUGAAAAAUGGAAGCUCCCCACGCAAUUCUCAUUUUUCAUUAAAACCCAACUUCUAGUUCUAGAUCGGCGUUCUGUUAUAUUGAUAUCCUGUUUUGGGAAAAGGCAGCAAGUGCUUUUACCAAAAUAUUUUCUUUAACUCGGUUCCUUCUUGUAAAUUGAAAUCUGUAAGUUUAACGUUGGAUCACAGAUAUGGGCGUAGCUAAGUGGGGCAAGAGAAGUAAUCCCCACUUUCCACCGAAGCUCAAAUCUGUAUCAAGUUAGAAUAUCGUUCGAAUAAAAAUAAAAAACUUUGAGCCU